AAACUUCUUUUUUUCAUAUCAUAUUCUCAUUCACACCAAACCAAAGAAACAAAGAAACAAAGAUCAUCAUCAAAAUGGUGUUGUCUUGGACUAGAAGAAAUGUUUUCCGUCGUGCCAAGAAGGAGAAGGGACAGAUUCAAGGUGGUGGUUGUGGUGGUGAGUUGGAGGUGGAGGUUGUGAUCCCCAACCACUUUCGGUGUCCGGUGAGUUUGGAGCUGAUGACGGACCCGGUGACUUUAUCAACCGGCAUCACCUACGACAGGGUGAGCAUUGAGAAGUGGAUCGAGGGAGGGAACAAAACCUGCCCCGUCACCAACCAGGUCCUCACAAACUUUGACAACAUCCCCAACCAUGCCAUUCGUAGGAUGAUUCAGGAUUGGUGCGUUGAAAACAGCUCUUAUGGGAUUGAGAGGAUCCCCACUCCUCGGAUUCCUCUCUCCACCUACGAGGUUUCUCAGACAUGUACGAGGAUCUUGUCGGCCUGUCGGCGGGGGGAUGACAAAAAGUGCCAGGAGUUGGUUUUGAAGAUUAAGGAUUGGGGGAGAGAUGAGAGGAACAGGAGGUGCAUAAUUGGGAAUCGUGCCAGAACUGAUGCUGGCAAUGCUGCCGAUGCAGUUCUUGCACACGCCUUUGAUUGUUUCUCAAGCGGUGACUCUUUUGACAAGCAUGUGGUUGUUUUGGAGGAGAUUUUGGAGGUGCUGACAUGGAUGAUCCCACUUGGGGAAGAGGGUGUGUCUAAAUUGAGUUCAAAAGCUUCAUUGAAUUGCCUGGUUUGGUUUCUAGAGGGGAAAGACCUUGCAUCAAGGCAAAGUGCUGCUUUGUUGCUCAGGCAAGUGUAUGUUCAAGAAUUGGCCAAAGUUGGAAAAGUGGCUGAAGCUUUGGUUAAAAUGAUUAGGGAGCCUACUGGGAGUGCUUCCACCAAGGCUUGUUUGGCAACAAUUUUUAAAUUGGUGUCUUCAGCUGAGAACAGAGGGGAAAUUGCUCAAAGAUUCGUGGAGUUGGAUUUGGUUUCACUUUUGGUUGAGGCUAUUGUUGAUGGAGAUAAAGGGGUGUGUGAGAAGGCACUUGGGGUUUUGGAUUGCGUUUGUGAUAUCCAGAUGGGGAAGGAGGUUGUUAUGAACAAUGCUCUUACUUUGCCUCUUGUCGUUAAGAAGCUUCUGAGGGUGUCACCAUUGGCUUCAAGUUUUGUUGUCUCUAUUCUUAAGAAGAUUUUUGACAAGAAGGAGGAGGGAGCUCUGAUUGAAGCAGUUCAACUAGGGACUUUUCAAAAGCUCUUGGUUUUACUGCAGGUUGGUUGUGAUGAUAGCACAAAGGAAAAUGCUACAGAGUUGUUAAAACUGUUGAACGGUUAUAGGAACAAAGCGACCUGCACUGACUCAUCAUCGGAUUUCAAGUAUCUUAAGAAGUCAUUCUGAUUAAUGAAGAAUGGGAAUUAGAUUCCUUCAUUUUAUUGAAACAUACAAUUCUUUGAUGUAAAAAGAUACACACACGAACAAAGCAUAGAAAUUGUAGGCUCAAACAUUCUUUUGAUUCUUUCAAUUCUUUCUUGGAAAAUUGAUUCCAUGUAAUUAGUUACAAUACAACAAUCAUUGUUCUGGCAAAUACAGAGAAACAUCUUUGUGUCA